UUCGACUCUCCGCAGUUCUAUUUCUUUGCCACCUUUGCCUUCUCCCCGCAAUUCAACAUUCUCAAAGCUUCCCAAAUUUUGCUUUUACCAUUCUGCACUUUCCUUUGAUCAGUUUGAAGUAAUGGCUGAGCCGGCAUACACCGUGGCAUCCGACAGUGAAGCAACAGGGGAGGAGAAAUCUUCGUAUGCUUUUCCAGAAACCGCGAUUGGAAUUGAUAUCGGAACUUCACAAUGCAGCGUCGCUAUCUGGAAUGGCUCGCAAGUUGAGCUUCUGAGGAACACUAGGAACCAGAAGUUAAUGCGAUCGUACGUCACUUUCAAUGACGAAAUUCCUUCGGGUGGAGUGAGCUAUCAACUCUCCCACGAGCAUGAAAUGUUAUCCGGGGCUGCUAUCUUCAACAUGAAGCGCCUUAUUGGAAGAGUUGACACCGAUCCGGUUGUUCAUGCAAGCAAAAGCCUUCCUUUUCUGGUUCAGACAUUGGACAUUGGUGUUCGUCCGUUUAUCGCGGCCUUGGUGAACAAUAUUUGGAGAUCCACUACACCCGAAGAAGUUCUUGCGAUAUUUCUGGUUGAACUCAGAGUCAUGGCUGAAUCUCAAUUGAAGCGGCCUAUAAGAAAUGUUGUAUUGUCCAUCCCGGUUUCGUUUAGUAGGUUUCAAUUGACUCGAAUUGAACGAGCUUGUGCGAUGGCUGGUCUUCAUGUUCUUAGAUUGAUGCCUGAACCAACUGCUGUUGCGUUACUAUACGCACAGCAGCAGCAACAGUUGAUACACGAUAAUAUGGGCAGUGGAAGUGAAAAGAUAGCUCUCAUCUUAAAUAUGGGUGCCGGCUAUUGCGAUGUUGCUGUAACAGCCACAGCCGGAGGAGUUUCGCAGAUAAAAGCCUUAGCCGGAAGUGCAACCGGAGGUGAGGACUUUCUUCAGAACAUGAUGCGUCAUCUCCUGCCAGAUUAUGAUAACCUCUUCUCGAGCCGUGGGAUUAAUGAGAUCAAGUCAAUGGGGCUACUUCGAGUUGCAACUCAGGAUGCCAUCCACAAGCUCUCUUUUGAAGAAAGUGUACAAAUUGAUGUAGAUUUGGGUAAUGGGUCGAGAAUAUGUCGGAAGGUGAACCGGGAUGAAUUCGAAGAGGUAAACCGGAAGAUAUUCGAGAAGUGUGAGUCUCUCGUAAUCCAGUGCUUAUACGAUGCAAAGGUAGAGGUAGAUGAUCUGACCGAUGUAAUAGUCGUGGGCGGCUGUUCGUAUAUUCCGAAAAUAAGAAAUCUGGUCAAGAGUAUAUGCAAAAGAGAACUCUACAAAGGUAUGAACCCACUCGAAGCAGCGGUCUCCGGGACUGCACUGGAAGGAGCAGUGGCCUCUGGUAUCAGUGAUCCUUUUGGCAACUUGGACUUACUAACCAUUCAAGCCACACCUCUCGGAAUUGGGAUACGAGCUAACGGGAACACUUUUGUGCCUAUCAUACCUAGAAACACUACAAUGCCUGCUCGGAAAGAACUGGUCUUUACGACCGUCCACGACAACCAGACCGAGGUGUUGAUAGUCGUGUACGAGGGGGAAGCGGAUAAGGCAGAAGGGAAUCAUCUGCUCGGAUAUUUCAAGAUAACUGGACUUCCUCCGGCACCUAAAGGAGUUCCGGAGAUAAACGUCUGCAUGGAUAUCGAUGCAUCAAAUGUGCUGAGAGUUUUGGCCGGGGUCGUACUGCCGGGUUCUCAACAACCUGUUGUUACGGUAAUGGACGUAAGGAUGCCGACGGUUGACGACGGGCACGGUUGGUGCGCUGAAGCGCUGCAUAGAGCUUACGGGUCUACUCUGGACCUGGUGACGGUACAGAAGAAAUGAACUUGAUGCACUCCUCGUCACAUCCGAUUCCAGUGUUCAUGUUUUUCCUUUUCGUCUAUCAGAGAAUCUGGGUUAGGAAGAACAGUUGUGUGAUGUGUUUUUCAGACUUGGAACUAGAGUUCCAUUCAUGUGAGCAUGGUGUAAGUUGAAUCUAAAAUGGAAAAAUUA